GAGAAUUCCACCGUCUCGUCAUUCACAGUAUUUUUAUUUUUCAACGAUUACAGUGGCGUCGAGAUUACCAUAAUUAAGUGUAAUUAAGGCGGAAUUUAAUCUGCGAUGAAGCAUCUUCAUCCACGAUUAAAAAAGUUGUGGAGAGAACUAUUUAAACUUUUAUGCAGUGAUGACAUCUGGAGAUCUGGCGCCGAAGGUUAAAAAAUGUAAUAAGUUGAAAUCACGACGACGACCACUAUACACUGUUUAACAGUUUCGAAGAUAUUUAAAUCGACUGCUGAAACUUCUGGCAAGAAGUGGGGACCACAUUCAAGAUUCUCGGAAUAAAAGAUUACGAAGCGUAUAAAUUUGAUCGAAACGUAAGAAUAAUUUGUACGUCAUAGAUGAAAGUAAAAUACGAUAUUUAUUUCGGAUGGUUUUCAGCAAAGAUUAAUAUGGCAAUAGAUCAUAUAUUACAGGUAUAUCAAAUUAAUCUUUACUUUUCCUUACUCGUCGCUUUCACCUUUCUCACAUUAGUAGUCUUUUUUGUAGCAAGUAAGUACAAAUACCGGACCACUGUAAUUCGUCAAAUAUUUCUGGAAAGACCUCUUCGGCCAUACAUUCAUCAUGUACCUAGAAACAUAGACAAAUGUAAUUUACAUAGAUAAAGAGGAAAGAUAUUCUACGUGCAUAGUUGAAUAAAGUCAGAACUCUGUAGACAAGACGAUAAGGAUUAUAAAUAAUGCAAUCGAUGACCACGUUUGGUUCAAAUAUCUCUUUAAAUUAUUAGCAUAGUAAAGCUGGUCUGUAUAGAGAAAAGAGCUGUCGAUAGAAACACGGAUAUGUUAAUCUUACUUCUAGCGAUACGCUGUUAGUUCUUUGGACUUCUUUUAUCAGCAGUGGAGUCUCUCUAUAUGGCCGCGAAUGAAGUUUUAAUUAUCAGGCCUCUGUUAUCAGCGGUUUGCUAUUAAAAAUUUGCAUUGGAUUUGAAAAAAGUUUAUUUUUCUCAAAUACGAUUAAAGUCUUUGACUUAAAUCCUUAUGUAGAAAAAUAACUGGAAAUUUAUGACUGUUAUCAACCGUACAUUAACUUAUCACUAAUCCCUCAUUAUCUAAUAAUGUUUUUAUCAGAGAAAUCAAAAAAAAGUAAUCAUGAAAUGGAUAACAACUGCAGAACAUAAGGGAGCUUGUUUACUGGAGAAUGCAAAGUACCUUUGUCUCCGCAGAUCGGUGGAGCUGCCUGGUCAACGACCGUGAAAAAAUUCGCGUGUUUAACAAUACGACAGCACGCUGGUUAAAUUAACCAACUGUACAUACUGGCGAUUCCAUGAUAUGUAUUUACGUAUUCAACAGCGUGACCUGUUCACACGUGAAUACGAAUAAUCCAGGAGCACAAAGCAUAGUGAAAUUAAAAAAUGUAACUCGCUGGACAUAAGAAAUUCGACUUUGUCUGUAGACACGUGAACGUUAAGAAAAAAUACACAAUAUCGCAAUUUAAAAAUUAAUAAUAAUAAAUACAGUUUAGAGUUAUGAACAAGCUAAGACUUGAUAAUUUUUAUGUUAACAUUAUAUUGCUCAUACAAAAUAGUGCAUUGAAACAAUUAGUAAUCAUCAUUAUUAAUGAUUUUAGAUUGAAAUUCUGGGUGAUAAUACACAAGCUUACAAGAUCGAUGAGGGUGUCAUUAAUUAUUGUGACUCAAGUUAUGUAAGUUAAAUAUUACUAUUUUAUUCAAUUUCGUCAAGAAAUUAUCUGAACACGUUUCAUCAGGCUUCCGGCUGUUGGAUGUAAUUUGAUAUAAUUUAUUUCUAAUGAGAUAAAGGUACAGAUAUCACAACUUUGCAAUAUUUGGACUUCGAAACUCUGGAGUUUUUGCUAUCUUGCAACUUCAGAUUUAAAAAAUUUUGAAACUUCAUAAUUUCAGAAUUUUAUUAGUUUGAAAAGUACUGUGUUACAAUUUAGUGCGUCAGAAAAAGUAGCCUUUUAUCAAGAUUUAUUACUCAAUUAUACCUUAUUGUAUGCAUGGUAUAAAUACGUAUUAUAUGCUUUCAAUGUUCUUUUUUAUCAUACGUCGGGUCUGAAGAUCACGCUUCCUACUCUGUCGCUAGAUCCAUACACGGAAAAAUAUAUAUAGGAACAUAGACACAGAUGGACAUAGAGUAGAAGUCUGUGGGUAUAAAAACACGACAAUUCGUUGCAUAUAUAAAUUCUUAGUGAAUUUUCUUCACCAUCCCAUUUUGUCGCUACGAUGGAUACCGAUAUUGAGUCCUGUUUAAAAGAUUGGACCGACCUAGCAAAAGAUUAUAAGGAAUUAGAAGUAUUGAACAGGGAAUACAUUGCAAAAUUAGAAGAAAUAACUGAAUUACAAGCAAAAUGUUUAAAAGGAAUUUCCCACCAGAGAUACCGAAUGGGUGUAAUAUCAAAAUCACUCAAACAACUACAUGCAAGCGAAGCAAAACAAGAUUUAGACAAACAAAUGGCAAGAAGAGAACAGCAGUUACAUGAUAUAGAACAAACCUUACCAAAAUCAAAUGGCACAUACCUCCAAAUUAUUUUAGGAAGUGUUAAUGUAUCCAUAUUAAAUAAAAGUGAUAAGUUCAAAUACAAAGAUGAAUAUGAAAAGUUUAAGUUAGUUCUUUCUGUGAUUGGUUUCAUUUUAUCCGUACUAAAUUUAGUCACUAAUAUCAGAACCUUGGAACUUAGUUUUAUGUUCCUUUUAGUUUGGUAUUAUUGUACAUUGACAAUAAGGGAAAGUAUAUUAAAGGUAAAUGGUUCAAGAAUUAAAGGUUGGUGGAGAUUUCAUCAUUUUCUAUCAACUGUAGUAUCUGGUGUUUUAUUAGUAUGGCCUAACACUGGGCCAUGGUAUGCAUUUAGACAACAAUUUAUGUGGUUUAAUGUGUAUAUCAGUGUAGUACAAUAUUUACAAUUCUGUUAUCAACGUGGCGUUUUGUACCGCUUAAAAGCACUAGGUGAAAGACAUAACAUGGACAUUACUAUAGAAGGUUUCCAUUCAUGGAUGUGGCGUGGAUUAUCAUUUUUGUUACCAUUCCUUUUUGCUGGAUACCUUUUCCAAUUAUAUAAUGCAUAUGUAUUGUAUACAUUAACAUCUCAUCCAGAAGCAACUUGGCAUGUUCCAGUCCUUAGUAGCAUGUUUCUAGUAUUAUUCUUAGGUAAUAUGAUAACAACUAUUCUGGUAAUUCCUCAAAAAUUAAGACAACGCGUGAGGAAUCAUUUUCCUGGAGUAUUUAGUUCUAAAUCUGAGCAAAAGAAAGAAGUAAAUGGGGAGAAGGAUGUGAAAAUUCAGAAAAGUGAUUAAAGUAUUGUAAUAAGAUAUUUCAUGCGGCGAAUAUAAGAAAUAACAAAUAAUGAAUGGAACAAAUAAUUUAUGAACGUAAAAAAUAAAAACAAAAGAAAAUCACGGAAAAUUAAAAAUAGUCUGAUAACGCAAGUAGCAUAAAUAUAUCAGUUCUUGAUUCAAGAAUGCACAGGAAAAGAAGAAGAAAGAAAUAUAAAACCUUUCCUCCACAUACUGAUGCCAAGCACAAGAUUACCUAAUGUACAUUAGCUUGUCGUAAUACAGGGAAAAAUUCCUAAAAAGUAUUUGUUUAAUAUUAAUUUUCAUAUUUUAAGAAAUAUCCGCAACUCUGUUGUUAUUUACCGUUACUCUUUUU